CUAAGACACAAAUUCACAACAAUUGUGAAGACAAUUAUCAGCUUCUUUGAGGUCGACUUCACCUUUGACAAGGCUUUCCUCACCAAGAACAUCAAUGACUGCCGGGGCCUCCUGAAACAACUAGUAGGGAACCAUCUGACUGACAAGAGUAUCGGCAGGAUAGAUCACGUCCUCGACUUCUUCACCGAGGCGGCCUUCCUGGAAGAGAUGUUCAGACCUGAAUCUCCUCACCGGCCAACACUCCAAACUAUUAUAGAUGACAUGAGCAAAGCUUUUGAUGAAGGUGGGAUCUGAAGGAUAAAAUAAAUAUUGGGUGUUGGAGCCUAAGAUAUUUUGGUUUCACGAUGGAGAACUCUGUACUUAAUUGCUGAUACAAUUCUUGUACUUAGGUGUGGUACUGCCAUUUGCAAUGCACAAGUAUGGUAAAGAUUUGAAGAAGAAACGUUUUGCAAACAAAUAAUCCUUGUUCUGUAUCAUAUUUUCUGAGUAAACUUUAGCUUUAUCAUGUGUUCCACAAAUGUAUAUGACUAAGAAUAAACAUUUACUAAAUACUGAGGCAAUAUUUAAAGAGCUGUAUUUAGCAUACAGGUAUUACUAGGGCCUUCCUUAUCAAAAUGACCCUCUUUUGGGAGAGUCAUUUUUAUAAUGUUCAUCUCAUCAUCACUGUAUUUAAGAUAUAGAACACACAAAAUUUACAAGAUGUCUAUUUCAUAGAAUACUGCACUGUAUCUGCAAGCAAUAUAGUUACUAAAAAUAUAUGUAUCACCAAACAUAGUAUCACUUGUUUGUAAUACUGUACUGUAUUUUGUUAGCACUGAGAAAGCAAAUUUCCUCAAUAUUUGCUAAUGAAAUGUAGCACACAGUUGCCUAACCCAUGGAUGGCUUUCAUGUGUCAACACAUUAGUCAGGCCUCUACACUGAUAGUAGGCAGCUUUGGUGACUACUGUAUUAGUGAAGGAGCUAGUUCAUAAAAGAAAAUAAAAGCUUCAGUUAUAAAGCUAUUAGUGAAUUCCUCCACAGGCCAGUUAUAAAGUUGUUUGUAAAGGCCACAAAACACAAAGAAGAAUACACUUGGCUAAUUGCAUUUUAAAUUUUGUUUACCAAAAAAUAUAAACCCUUCUACACUGUUCUUUUGGUUGACAUCCAUUUUUAUAUACAUUUUAGUUAGGAAAAAAAGUAAAUAAACAAAAAUGUUGUAAGCUGCAGAAGUAGCAAAGUAUAACAGGUUAUUUCAUGGGAUGAAGUAGCACAUAAACUUUGUCAUUCAUCUUCCUAGACACUACUUACUCUCCCACUAACUGAGUUUUGCAAGCUAAAAUAAAGAUGACC